GUGAAGUCAACAGAAUGAUAAUUUUCCUUGUCACCGUGAGCACCGCCCUCUUGUGCUCACACGCCGUCGCUGCGAGUAGCUACUUGGGACUUGCCCAGGGAACGCCACUCGGAGGAUUUUCGCAACAUGGUGGCUUGAUCCCCGGUGGUCUUUAUGGCAACGGUGCGUCCCUUGUCAACCACGGACUUCCAAUGGGACAUUUGCCAGGACCGAUAUACGGGAGUGGAGGCUACUUGGACUACGCAUACGGAACUGGUGCACACUUUGGAAAUCCAUAUGGAAAAGCAAGCUUUCCCAAAUAUUUAUAUGGAAACCCCCUUGGCCUUGCCAACCCAUACGGCGCUCUACGAAACGUUGGAGUCGGUGGAGUGAACGACGCUGAGGAUGAAACAUCUGCCUCUGGAUUAGAUGCUACAAAUGGAGCUGAUUUUGUUUCCAACAAUCAAAUCGGGGAUUCCACUCUAGCUGGAAUUAGUGGUUUAUAUUCCAGUCCCAUUGCUGGAUUGAGUGGCUUCCAUUCCGCUCUUCUUCCUCACACUUCCAGUGUUGCUUUAGGAACCCACCCUUAUGCUCUUGGACCUCACUCUUCUAUUGCUGGUUUGGGAGGAUUCCCUUAUGCUGCUGGACAUCACGACUCUCUUUCUGCCUUUAGUGGAAUCCUCCCUAAUAUUGGAGCUGCAGGCCAAUUCUCUUAUGGUUUUAAGCCUCACACUCCCAUUGAUUAUUUAACUGGAUUCCCUUAUGCAGGUGGACCUCACGCUCCCCUUGCUGCUUCAGCUGGAUUCCACGCAGGUCUUGGUGGACUGUCUCCUUAUGUUGGACCGUACGCUGCUGGUGCUGGUUUUGGCAGAUUCAACCCUUCUUUUGGACAAAAUAUCCCAAGCGAUGCUUUAAGGUAUCGUUCCUCACUCAACAUGUCUUCAGGGAACAUGAACAACCAGGAAGCACAUGAGGAAUAAAUUUACCAAAUAGGCAGAAAUGCAAACUCGAAUAAAAUAACUUUCAUAACUA